AUUCAUAGAAGUUAUUGUCAAGUGUUUGGAUAACGCAUUAAUUCAUUAUUGAAUUAGUUUUGGAUUAAAAAAGUUGAAAAUUAUUGUGUUCUGUUCGACAACAAAAAAAAAACAAAAAAAAUAAUAAUAAUAAUGGCUACGGAAAAGAAACCCGAGAUUAUGACUUGCGAUUUUGAAAUACGAGGCGACAUGCCCAAGGAGGCGUUCCAGCUGUUCGCCAUUGCCCAGGCCCAAAUUUUAGGGUUACGUGGAUACAUUACCCAAGUAUCUGGUGAUCUGUACCGGGGCACAUUGCAGGGCGAGGGCAAGGUCAUUGAGGCCUUCAAGCAAUUAAUAAUGACGGCAGCGGAAUUUGUGGCCGCCCUCAAGGAGUUUAUUAUCAAGAAUUUGAAGGCCAUCCAGGAGUAUACAUAUAAGACAUUUGAAAUUAAAAGCAAUUAAACAUUGAUAAGCCAAAAAGGCAACAGCAGCAUGGAAAGAAAUUAAA